AGUCUGAUUAUCAAUUCACAGUAUUUGUUCUGCAACACUUCUAGCAGCGAUCAAAACUUCUUUCUUUUCUGGAUCUAGUCAUGCAAAAUGGCUAUUCGAAGGAUGAUUUUCUGUUAUGGCGAGAUUUCGCUGUGAAGUUGUGCAGACAUAAUGCCUCAGUGGCCAAAGGGUUCCAAGAGAGAAGAAAACUGGACGAAGAUAGUUUCAAAGUGGACACAAAGCUUGACUUCACCGAUUUAGUGACUGAAGCUGAUCAGCUGGUGGAAGACAACAUCAAGUCGGCUAUUUGCACUUCUUUUCCAACUCACUCAUUUGUAGGCGAAGAGUCCGCAAAGGGUCAGACAAAGUUCUCGGGCAGUGAUGUGGAGCCCACAUGGGUUGUGGACCCCAUUGAUGGAACUAUGAAUUUUGUUCACGGCUACCCUGGAUAUUGCAUUUCCAUCGGGGUCAUUUACAAAGCCAGAUCUGUGGUUGGUGUCGUGUAUGAUAUUGUGAGUGACAAAAUGUACUCGGCUGUGGAAUCUGAAGGCGCUUUCUGCAAUGGAAACAAGAUCCAAGUUUCGUCCUGUGAGAAGAUGCAGCAGUGCAUGCUUAUGUUAGAGCUUCCCUUUGUGAGAGAUGCAACUUGGUGUUGUGAGGCGACUGAGACAUUGAACAAUCUCCUCUCGAACCACAUUUGCGCCAUUCGGAUGUCGGGCAGCUCAGUUCUUUCCUUCUGUCUCGUUGCCGAGGGAUGUGCGGACGCGUUCUUUGUUGCCGGCUGUCACCUCUGGGACGUAGCUGCAGCAGCUGUCAUUGUCAGAGAAGCCGGCGGUGUCUUCCUGGAUCCCUUCACGCUAGGCGAACCGAAGCUAACCAAGCGAAAGUUUUUAGCCAGUUGCAGUAUGAAUCUAGCAAGUGCUUUGAGCACUCAUAUAAAAUCAACAACUGAAUUUAAAGAAGACUGAUUUCUGGGUUUAUAAAAAUAUUUAAUGCAUUGAUUGGUAAGUUCAGAAUAUAUAUUAGCCAAGAUUUGCUCAAUUUGAUAUCAUAGCUCAUACGUCUUAAAGGC